GUUAGCAAAUGUUACUACAAAAUCAGAAACCUCCACUACCCCGACACGAGACACCGUGAAGUUCCAGAUGUGUCUUGUGUUACGUCAUAUUGAUUUUUCUGUUCAAAGACACACAUGUAAUACCCCUCUUCUUUUACACAUAAAGAAAACUGUAGUAUGUGUCAUUAUAAUAAUCUGUUGUUUACAAGGAUAAUGUUUUUAGUUCAUGAUUUUUUUUAUAGAGGCAACAUUCAGUCCCACGGCACCAAAGCAUACCACGAUCGGGCAAACAGAGACAUCAACCACUAUCUUCUCCUCCACUAUUGUUCCCGCGACAGACACUCACAGUGAGCCUACACUGGUCUCAUCUGGUACAGCAGAGACAACAUCAAACGUCGGUGUCACAAGACCUAAGCUGACCAAGUCCGGGCAAACAGAGACAUCAUCCACUAUCUUCUCCUCCACUAUUGUUCCCGCGACAGACACUCACAGUGAGCCUACACUGGCCUCAUCUGGUACAGCAGAGACAACAUCAAACGUCGGUGUCACAACACCUAAGCUGACCAAGUCCGGGCAAACAGAGACAUCAACCACUAUCUUCUCCUCCACUAUUGUUCCCGCGACAGACACUCACAGCGAGCCUACACUGGUCUCAUCUGGUACAGCAGAGACAACAUCAACCGUCACAGCAGAGGUAACAACAGUAGGAAUCGCUGUUCAAACAGAAUCAGGACAGAACAUUCUUAAAAAACUCUUGGAGAGUUUGAAUAAACCAUUGGAGGAUGGCGAAACCCUUUCAGAUAAAAGUCUUGGGUUUAUAGCAUGGGCAGUAGCAACUACCUUUACAGUAGCAAUGCUGUUAUUAAAAAAAUGGCUAAAGAAAAAAUGCGAGAACCUCGUGAAAGAUGAUGAUGUGUCUACACCCCCCCCCCAAUCCGUUGAUGAUCCCUCUUCCCCCUCCAUAUCCGAUGAUCCUAACCUAUCCACCAUUCAUGUUGUUCCUUCCACCCCCACUACCAUUCAUGAUGAUGAUGAUGAUGAUAAAAAUGAUCAGGCUUCACCCACCACCAUUAUUAAUGAUGAUGAUGACACCAACCCGCCUCCUAGAACAAGUCCCCCUUCGUCCCCGAAUGUUAACGAAAGCCGAAGACCCCUCAUCACACCUCUGUCCUCCGUCACCACCUCCCCAGAUGUUGAGGAAGAAUGCGUAGCUAGAAACACACGGUCAAAGCCACAACUGAAAUUUUAGGUUUUGUUAACGAAAGCAAAACUUUACAUGUAAAUGAUAAUGGUUUUUAUGUUUGAUUUUUACAUUGAGAUUCGGUUUUUAAUAAUCUUUUUACAACAUUGAAAGUCAGUUUUUUAAAUAACCCUUUGAUUCAUUAAAAUUUCAGUUGUGUUUUGAAUAUUUGACAUUUUACAACAUUGAGAUUAUGUAAUCAUCUAUUUAAAAAAUUGAGAUUCAGUUUUUAAAAAACCGCCUGAUACUAUUUUUGAGGAUUUUUGGGUUUUUGGUUUUUUUUUUACAAAAAAUGUCUUUAGGUAUUUUUGUAGUUUUGACUAAUUUUUUUGUUGAAAGAAAAUGUCUUGGUUAGAUUGUGAGUUUUUUCAUUGUCAUUUGCUUACAUGCCGUUAAUUUUUUUUCAUAAAAAUGUCUUAAGGUGUUUAAAUACAUUUUUGACUUUAAUUUUUUUUUUGUUGAUUUUUUUUUUAAAGAAAAUGUCUUAGUUAGAUUGUGAGUUUUUCAUUGUCAUUUGCUUACAUGCUGUUAAUUUUUUUUCGUAAAAAUGUC